GCCCUUCUCUGUCAGACGAUCCUCCAUCGCGAGCCUUUGUAUUUCGCCGCUACUACAGUCGACGCACACGAUGAUACUCGAUCCCUUUCUAUCUACAUCGUGUCGUCUCUGUAUCGAGACAAAAGUUCUGCCGGACUGUUCACAUUUCAGCAUUUUGUAAUUUUGCACGUCUCCAAUUCGGCACAAAUAAAUCUGCGCUGUGUUGCUGUGAUCGCGAUUUCUUUUUUUCUCGAAAACUGAAAAUGGCACGUACCUAAAGUGCACGAAAAGUGAGAAUUGUUUUUUGUGAUUCUUCUUUGUUGCAAAGGAUAACUUCUAUAGCAAUGCCUCGUUAACAAAACGAAUAAAAUCAUUGUUAAUCGAUAAUGAUCGAGAAUGAUUGAUGUUGUACUUACCUUAUUGCAAGUUGAUCGAAUAAUGUUCUCGCUUAGCAAGCAACCCAAAUUAAAAGGCUUAUGGAGCUUUCGGAGAGAUCAUAUCCUGCAGACGGUGUGAAAUUCCCAUACAUCAACAGGUCUCAGAAGGGCCGAGGAUUUCCCCACCUUUGGGGUACCUAAUACCCCACUCUGGGGCAUACUUUGCCCCACUCCACCAUGGGCACACGGGUGCUUCGGCAUGCGGGCUCUACGAAAUCGAAAACAUCAAACAGUUACCCUCGGCACCCCAAGCCGAGUAUUCACCGGUGGAUACUGGAUCGUCGAACUUUGCGUGGAGCACUGUAUUUGGAUGUACGAAUGUUGCUGAAGCAGAUUACAAAACCAGUGUUCUCCGAUUAAACUGCCGACACUCGGGUAUACGCAUGGCAUGACAAUUUGAUCGGUGGAUUGUUGCAACUACGAAAUGUUAGGCAGCGAAGAGGAGCCCGAGCGUAGAGCGCAAUCGGGGAUGUCAAAAGCGGAACAACGCAAGAGUAACAAGCCGAUCAUGGAAAAACGACGACGCGCUCGAAUCAAUCAGUAUCUCGAUGAACUGAAGAACUUCAUACUUGUAAAUGAAAAAGAUCCGACUAGACACUCCAAGUUGGAGAAAGCCGAUAUUCUCGAGAUGACGGUGAAGCGGAUACAAACGAUGCAGCAGCAGCAACUCAACGUCGCCAUCGCCGGCGAUCCGGGGGUGUUGACGAAAUUCCGUUCCGGAUUUUCCGAAUGUGCUACCGAAGUAUCGCGAUUCGUCAAUAGCCUCGAGAACGUCGAUCCCGCCGUCAAGCAACGAUUGGUAUCGCAUCUGAACAAAUGCGUGAGUCAUCUCCAGCAAAUGGCGCCGUUCUGCAGCUAUUACGUGCCCUACAUGCCGGAACGGCUGUAUCCGGAGGUAAAGGUCGGCUUCCAGAGCGAUUUGCAGAAUGGGGAUGAGAACAACAAUGGUAGCGCAAGGAUACAAAUACCGAACGGGGUCCACUUAAUUCCCAGUCGGCUGCCAACGGGCGAGCUGGCGCUCCUGGUGCCGCAAUCCGCCGGCAUCCCUACGAAUUUCUCCUUCUUCCCGCCCGGCACGGAAUCAUCCACGAGAAUCGGUCAGUCCUCAGCGUUCACCGCUGUUCACAAGUCGCGCAACAGCCCGUGCAGCCCGGCGGGCUCCAGCUCCAGCUGCGACGACGAGAGCCACCAUUUGGAGCAUCCACAGGCGACGUCCUCGCCCAACCCUCAUCAGCCGCAUUCGAGUCAGGGCAAGCUGAACGAGCCGGUCCUUCCGGUACCGAGUCCCGCGUCGUCGAAGAGCUUGACUUCCUCGCCGGAAACUCAGAAGCGGCAGAUCAGCUCGAGCAGCGACCGGAAAUCGCCGGCACCAGGAUUUCCGGAAUCCAAACCGAUCGGCAGUGCCGAUCAAAUAGCCAAGAAAGAGUCGCAGGCUGCGAAUUACGCGAGAAAAUUCACGGAGGAAUUUAUGAACAGCGUGCGGCAACCCCUGUCCGUCAUCACAGACAGGACCUCCAAUCGCUCCUGGUCGCCGGUUCAACCAAAGGCCAUCGUUUCACCCAUGAAGCGUGAGGUUGACGGGCUGCUGGUGAUCUCGGAUAAGAGACCGAGAUACCAGGAACCCACUAGUUCGACUUCCUCGAUGAAUAACGACGACGCGCUCGAGAGCGCGAACGAGCAGUCUAUCUCGAUCGAUGAUCCCGCGGCGAGACAGAUGAGCCCGCUACUACGAAACGCUCUAAGUUUCAACAUAUUCCAAAGGAAUCAGGCGGAAGUACCGUUCAAUUCUAACAUGUGGAGACCCUGGUGAUCGACGUUGCCGGAUAAGGAUCGAUUGCAUCUCGAUUAUUUUCAGGCAUAUGAUAUACGAAUUCUCUAGUACACGAAACGGUAAAUAUUCACUUAUGGCCAGCACCCGCAACUGUCAAUGACCUUGACAUAUGUUAUAGAGGUCAUCAUUCUAAGUAACCUUCCGCAAGUUUUAGCCGUCGCUCGUUGUUUAUUAAAAA